UAUUAUCCAAUAGUGAUUAUUUUGGGAAAGGGAAAAAAAUCCGUGCCCCACAAGUAAACAAUCGCGUAUAAAAAGGUAAUAUAUCCAGCAGAAGACUGCAAACGAAACCCUAAUUUCAUUUGGGCCUUUCACAUCUCUUCACAACAAGCUCACUCCAAUGGCUCCUCCUUCUCCUCCACGUGCUAUUCCUAUUGUUGGUCCUCCACAGAUCAACACCUUCGCCCCAGUAGCACAACCCAAUCCCGCUCCCAGCGGGUCCCGACCGCCCAUGGGCUUCACCGAGAACGGUUCGGGCACCUUCCUCUCCUCCGGCAACGCCUGCCUCGAUCUCUUCUUCCAAAUCGUACCAUCCACCCCCGCCUCCUAUAUCAACCAACAACUUCCUCUGGCCUGGGCCCACGACGCCCUAACCACCCUCAAGCUCAUAUGCAACCUCCGUGGAGUCCGCGGCACCGGAAAGUCCGAUAAGGAAGGGUUCUACACGGCGGCAUUUUGGCUCCACAAGAACCACCCCAAAACCCUAGCCUGCAACCUCGCUUCCUUUGCCGAAUUCGGGUAUUUUAAAGACAUGCCGGAGAUUCUAUACCGCCUUCUAGAAGGCCAUGACGUCAGGAAGAAGCAAAGGGAGGAGUGGUCCAUUGCAAAAGGAAGAUUUCUCGGCCGUAGGAGACCGACAAUCCGGCGACUGUUAUGGAGAAGAACCCGACGUACUAGUACUAAAAUCUCUGGAGCAAUCAACGGCAGGAGACAGAGUGAGCCUAAAGCGGUUAAGAUGAUGAAGGCAUUGGAGAGGGUAAAAUUGGAAAAAGAAAAGGUGAGUGCUGCGAGGAAAGAGAAGAAGAUCGCCAUGGCGAAGAAGGCUGUUGCGAGGUACCAGCGUGACCCGGAUUACCGGUUCUUGCACCAUCAGGUUUCGGAUCUCUUUGCGGAGUGCUUGAGGUCGGAUCUCGAAAAUUUCAAGUCCAAUGAGUACAAGAAGAUCACCCUGGCGGCGAAGUGGUGCCCUUCCCUCGACUCCUCCUUCGAUCGCUCCACUCUUCUCUGUGAAGCGAUUGCAAGGAAGGUGUUUCCGCGAGAAUCCUACCUGGAAUAUGAAGGUGUAGAGGAGGCGCAUUACGCGUACAGAGUGAGAGACCGGCUGAGGAAGGAGGUGCUGGUGCCGUUGAGGAAGGUGUUGCAGUUGCCCGAGGUGUAUAUGGGUGCUAAUCAAUGGGGAGCUAUUCCGUACAAUCGUGUGGCCUCCGUGGCCAUGAAACUUUACAAAGAAAAGUUCAUGAAGCACGAUGAAGAGAGGUUUAAGAAGUAUUUGGAGGACGUGAAGGCUGGAAAGUCUAAGAUUGCGGCGGGUGCUCUGCUUCCUCAUGAGAUCAUAGCCUCGCUGAAAGAUGGUGAUGGCGGGGAAGUGGGUGAGCUGCAUUGGAAAAGAAUGGUGGAGGACAUGUUGAAACAAGGCAAGAUGAAAAAUUGUUUGGCUGUGUGUGAUGUCUCGGGAAGCAUGUGCGGGACUCCGAUGGAGGUGUGUGUUGCUUUAGGACUGUUGUUGUCCGAACUGAGUGGAGAGCCGUGGAAGGGAAAGGUCAUCACUUUCAGUCAUGACCCUCAGCUACAUUUGAUACAAGGCGAUGAUCUAAGUUCGAAGUGCGAGUUUAUAAGGAGGAUGGAAUGGGGUGCGAACACUGAUUUCCAGAAAGUGUUUGAUUUACUUUUGGAAGUGGCCGUGAAUGGGAAUUUGAAACCAGAGCAUAUGAUCAAGAGAAUCUUUGUGUUUAGCGACAUGGAGUUCGAUGAGGCUUCGGCUUCGAGUUGCAGGUAUCCUGGGGGAUGGGGUUGGGAUACUGGUAGUGGUAGGGAGGAGAGCGGGAAGUGGGAGACUGAUUAUGAGGUAAUACAAAGGAAGUUUGAGGAGAAAGGGUACGGGGAUGUGGUGCCCCAGAUUGUGUUUUGGAAUCUGAGACACUCGCGUUCUACGCCAGUGUCUGGAUCACAAAAAGGAGUGGCUCUCUUGAGUGGUUUCUCCAAGAAUUUGAUGAAAUUGUUCUUGGAUGAAGACGGUGAAAUUGACAUCAGCCCGGAACGUAUUAUGGAAGAGGCCAUCUCCGGGGAAUUGUACCAGAAGCUGGUUGUCAUAGAUUGAAUUUGAUGAUCAUCAUCAUCAUGUCCGAAAUCCUUCCUUCAAUUGUUUUGAUCAUUAUUUCCUCUUUCCUGUAAAAAAAAAUUGUGAAUGAAUAAGAAAUAAAUUGCCAUAUUUUUGUUUGGCCUGGAAA